AUGGCUGUGGCACAAGAUGGAAAUGGUAACAUUUUUCCGAUAGCGUUUGCAUUGGUUGAAGGAGAGACAAAGGAUGGUUGGAGUUUCUUUCUCAAGAAUUUGAGAAUGCACGUGACCCCCCAGGCCAAUCUUUGUCUAAUAUCCGACCGACAUCCAUCAAUCAAGAGUGCUUACGAUGAUCCUGAAAAUGGGUGGCAGUUUCCUCCAUCUUCACAUGUUUACUGUAUCAGACAUAUUGCGCAAAACUUCAUGCGUGAGUUCAGAAACAAAGCACUACGAAAAACAGUUGUCAACAUGGGAUAUGCACUAACAGAGGCAACAUUUAACUACUACAGGGGCGAAUUACGAAGAGCAGAUAGAGCAGCUUUGGAGUGGAUUGACAAUAUUCCCAGAGCGAAGUGGUCGAGGGCGUUUGACGGAGGACAGCGAUGGGGACACAUGACCACAAAUUUAGUCGAAUCUAUGAACUCGGUACUUAAGGCUACCCGAAACCUACCUAUUACAGCAUUGGUCAAGUCAACGUAUUAUCGUCUGGGAUCGCUGUUUGGAAAACGAGGACACGAUUGGACAAAACUGUUGGCAUCCGGUCAAACUUUCACGAAAAACUGUAUCAAGGGAAUGGCCGACGAGGCUAUUAAUUCUAGCAGUCAUAACGUCAUUCAAUUUGAUCGCGAGAGAUUCUGUUUUAUGGUUGCCGAAUGCAUUAACCAACGCGAUGGCCGACCAUUAGGUACUUUUAGCGUUGAUCUCAGGAGAGGGUGGUGCGAUUGUGGGAGGUUUCAGGCAUUUCAUUUACCUUGCUCUCAUGUAAUCGCAGCAUGUGCCAGUAUACGACAGGACCACAAAAUGCACAUACCAGAUGUUUUCAAAGUUCUAAGUGUAUUCAAAGUAUACAGCCAAAGCUUCCUUGGACUACCACACCAGCAAAAUUGGCCAACAUAUGAUGGAUUCACUCUUUGCCAUGACGAGACAAUGCGAAGAAAUAAGAAAGGGCGUCCAAAUAGUACAAGAAUUACAACUGAAAUGGACGAUUUUGAGAAAGAAAAGAGAAGAUGUGGGAUUUGUCGAGAAAUCGGUCAUAUGUGGAGGAAAUGUCCGAACGUGGCAGGCCCAUCAAAUCGGCCCGUCUAA